AACGUCAGUAUUAAGCAUAUUUUUCGUUGUGAUUUAGAUUUGAACGCGUAGAAUGUUAUAUUAGAUAAUAGUGUUUUGUACGGGAUAAUAAUGGCUACAGCCAAGAAGAAAUCAUCAAGCAAGAAGGGACUAAUAUCAAAUGGAUCAAAUUCAUCGAAAUCUUCAAAUAAAAAAUCAGCCGCUCAAGACCCAGAAAGCGGAGGAUGCUUGAGAAAACUUUCUGCUAUUCUGACUCGUGUAUUAUUCGCCUUGCAUGCAGGAAUUGCGUUAUGGAGAGUCAGUUUCGACUAUCCAAAAAUUUAUCUAUAUUUUCUGUCAAUAGGCUUGGUGUUCUUACUGUUUGAAAUGGUGUUUACUUUAGCGGUGCGACAAGGCAAAGAAUAUAAAUGGUUUUGUCCGAGCGUGUUAUUUUAUUUGAUGAGCGUAGUUCCCUGCCUUUGGUUCCUAGAAUUGGCUCGAUUCAAAGGAGCAAUGAUUGCGGCAACACAAGUUGGAAUAUGUGACAAUAAUGCGACAUUGGGGCUUCUAAUAAACCCAAUGGAGUCUUCAAAUACUAAUUCAUCAAAUAAUAGAACACGUAGGAGUGCAGACAGUUCACUUAAACUUUUGGAACAAUCCCAAUACGUACUGAACGAAGUAAGUCAAUCUGAAACACUUUUGAAAAGAAUUCGGCGACAGUCUGUUGCCGACGAUCCACCGAAACGUGAAAAGAAACGUCGAAGAGAAAAUCGAAGACGUAAGCCAAAACCCGAAAAUUUAAUGAAUGAAAAUGCGACACAAAUCACAAAAGCCGUUAAUGGAACGAGUAUCACACCGACAACGGUCACUACAAAAUUAAAGACGCUCUCAACUACUACGAAACUUUCCACAACAUCUACUCCUUUGAGUAGCACUCCUACGUCAUCGACACCUGUAAUGUUCUUAACAACAAUUCCUACUGACGUGACGUCAUCUUCUGCUGAAUUGGCACCACCUCUGAUGACGUCGGCAUCGACAAUUAUAGUAACAACUGAUCAAAAUGAUAAAGAUAUCGGACAAAAAAUAAAGGACGGGUUUUCAAAUAUUGAAAAAGAAACAGCGAAUUUGUUGAACAAAACAAAAGACGUCAUCGGACAAUUGAAUCGUUGGGUGGAUCGAAGUACAUGGAUUCUACUUCUGCAUCAAGUUUUGCUAUUCGUUCUUGUUAUUGGAAGAUGGUUGUUACCAAAAGGAGAAAUAACACGCGAACAACUUUCCCAACUAUUGCUUGUAUUUAUCGGUGUGGGGGCAGAUAUCUUGGAAUUUGUAACAGAAACACUCGAUGGGGAUGAGUUGGAUCAAACUAGUUGCAGUUCUGUUUUACAUUAUGUUAUUUAUGGAGUUUGGUCAUGGAGCCUCUUACAGUUUACGCUGGUUCUCACCGCAAGUAAAUCGCGAAAAACGAGGGUCGGAUUCGAAUCAGCUCAUGCCAUUGAAGAACAAUCCGGAACGGGCUGCUGUGGAAAUUCGUUGUUUGCAAGCGCUGAUUUAUGGGGAAUUCUCGUCACCUUAUUUUUGCAGGAUGUUCCGUUUCUGGCAACUAGGCUUUAUAUUCUGAUUGUAUACGACCUCAAACAUCAAAUGAUGAUAUUUUUUACUGGGAAGAAUGCACUUGUUGUUAUACUUCAAGUAUACAGGAUAAUAGUUUUAAAGUUGUCGCGAAAUAAAAAGAAGAAGAACGACAUCGACGAAACGGAAUUGGAACCAUUACGUGGUACGCUGGCCCAUAUUGCAAGAAGGGCAACUAUGGUUGAUAACAAUGGUACACUACCAUCGGGAACUACGGAUGACAUCCGAGAUGCAACAUUCAAACCACAGCGAGAUGGUUCAGUAGUUUUAAAAAUACAUUUGGAAGGAGAAGAAACUUUACGAAAAAAAAGACAAAAACAAAGAGCACAAUCUUCUGCGGCGUGACAGAGUGCACUGGGUUGAAACUUUUCGAAAGAUGUCUCUAGAUGCGUUAUCGGAAUUCGUAAUUAAAACGCUGUACAGCUAUCGAUUUUUUUCAGUAAUUUUACAUCCGUACACACUGUAAAACGAUAAAUAUUAUGCCAGCAUCUCGUCUAAUUGCAAUUUUUGUUGGAUAAAUUUUGCCACAUCUGAUGGGGCGAGACUUGAAGAAAAUUAAUCACAUUUACGAACAGGGAGUCCAUAUAUAUGGGUGUAUUUCUGCAAUAAAAUAUUCUGUGACUAAUCCAAUCAAGAGACCAUGUACAAUUCUGUACAUGUUAUACUUAUAUUUCAGUUGGUAUAUUCUUGGCCAGGCCAUGACAUCGUUACUGUCUGACAGCAUUUUUUUUUUCAAAUAAAAAGCAUAUACAUAUUGCAUUAAACUAUAAUUAAAUGCGUGCACAGGUUGUUAAUAUUGUUAUGUUGAUAUUCCUUCAAUAAAUUUUUUUCUUAUUU